AUGGCCGACAUCCGAGACCAAUUUGGCAACCCAAUCCAAUUGACCGAUGAGCUUGGCAACCUGGUUCAGUUGACAAACGAGCACGAUAACCCCAGGCACCUUACUGGGAUAGCCACCAGCGCCGAUCUCCGAAUCGGCGAUGGCGUAGCUACCGUUAUCGAUACCUCUCUGACACCCGACGCCUUGCACACCGGGGUGGUGGCAAGCACGCUUGGCGCCAUCGUGAUGGACGCUACCACGACAGAGAUUUAUGGAACUGAGGUUGCCAGAUCGUCGGAAGAUGACGGGCAUGGAGGGAGAAGGAAGAAGAAGAGACUGAAUGAAAAGAUAAAAGAGAAGUUAACUGGUGGUGGGAAGCACGCACACAGCGACGUUGACAUGGAUAAAGACGGCAGCGGCUCUGCUCCUGGAUUUUCCCACUAG